AUGGACGAGGAAAGUUUAGGAUGGGAUUACUAUCAAGGAAAUAACAGUUAUGUUGAAGGAGUUUGCGGUGAUUUAUCAGAUUAUCAUAGAGAUUAUACACAAGUUGCUGGCAUACGAUAUUUCAUAGCAGCUUUAUAUAGUUCUAUUAUAUUCCUAGCCGUUACUGGUAAUAGUUUAGUCAUCUGGACUGUUUGGAGAAAUAAUCAUAUGCAUACAGUGACUAAUUACUAUAUAGUCAAUUUAGCUAUAUCUGAUUUAUUAGUAUCAGCUAUUGUAAUGCCUUUAAAACUUUUGGAAUAUACAGCACCAUGUGAAUGGCACGUAUUUAAUAGUGAUGCUCUGUGUUCAGUACUCUAUUAUUUCUUGCCUAUAUUUGUUUUUGCCAGUGUCUUGACGCUGGUAGCAAUCUCCUUAGAGAGGUAA